GUAUUUCUUAGUCGUUGUCCGAUUUGAAUUUUGAAUAUUCGAACGAAUGUUAUAGGAUGAUUUUGACAGUGUAUUUUUGACUUUAUUGUGAUUUUUAAUUUGAUUGUGACUUGCGAAUUGAGGUGAUAUUGGUGAUUUUGGGUACCGUGAUGCUGGUGUCAGGAAGGCGGUUGAUAGCAGUAAAACGGCGAAGAGAGUCCAAAUGGGACAUAAUUCACCACGAAUACCAUGGACCACCAGCUCCUCUAUCUAAAGACGGUCGAGUGAUUGACACACCAGAAGUCGCGGAAGCUAAAGCCAAUCACUUAGCAAUCCAUGCGGAAACGGCAGCCGAGUUAGCAAGAAAAAUGGCUGAAUCUAAUGCUGAAGAAGCUAAGCUCAAAGCCGAAGAAUUGAGUGCAAAAGCCAGUCCAGAAGCUGAACCCAUUGUCGUAGCGGAACCCGUGCAAAUGACACCAGAACUGAUGGCGAUGCUGAUGGCUGCCGCAGCAGAGGAACAAAAACAAGGUGAAGAGGAAAACAAAGAGGAACCAGCACCAGUCGUGGAGGCUGCUGCUGAAGUACCAAAAGAACCCGCACCAGCACAAUCACCCGAGGCUGCAGUUGAAGCGGCGCCUGAGCAACCUGCGGCGGAAGCGCUACUUGUUGUUGAAGCACCCAAGCAAGAAGAUACCAAAGUCGAGGCCGACAUUAACAACGAAGUGGAAGGUAAUCACCCACAAUACAUUGCGAUGAAAAGCUACGAGGGACCUUUAGCGCCGCUUGAUCAUAUUGGACGUGUUGUUGAAACUCCUGAGGUGAAAAAAGCUAGGGAAGCUCAUUUUGCCGCAUACAGACAGGCAAUUGAAUUGGCUAAGGCAAAAGAGGAACAAUGGAAACAAGAAAAUACCGAAGAAAAUCAAGAAACCAACAAACAGAUUUACUUUCAUAAUCCACCGAUAGUUCAUUUACUCUAUCAGCACACCCCAAUUGGCUACAAAGGUCCGGAGGCACCCCUUGGAAAGGACGGUCGAGUUAUCGACACCAAGGAUGUCGAGCGAGCCAAGGAGGCACAUAAGAAGGCUCUCAAGCAUGCAGAGGCAAUAGCCAAGCGUCAUCCACCAAAGCCCGAGGACAAUCUUAUUUGAGGUGAUUUUUUUAGUAUGUGAUUUUUCGUUUACUGAGGUACUCAUGAUUAUUUUUCAUCUUGUAUAUAUUAUAUGAGUUAUACGUACUUUACUUGCAACGGAAGA